AUGAAACUUGGAGUGGAGAUGAUGCCAAAUGUGGACAAAAAGCCUAAACCAAUCUCCUUGCCUCCUCUCAAAGUCUGCGGACGACCCCAGACCCCGGAGCAGACCAUUAAGGGCCCGGACACAUCCCUCACCAGGUGGCCCUGGCAAGCCAAGCUGGUCUACAGGGCCAAGUACUGGUGCGGGGCCACCCUCAUCUCACCAAGCUGGGUGCUAACAGCCGCCCACUGCUUCCACAAUCAAACGAAAAAGCCCCAGCUCUGGAAGGUUCAUCUGGGAUCCAAGAAAAUCAGGCCCCAUAGGCUGGAUGCUAACCAGUUUUAUGAGCGACCGAUUUCAAAAAUCAUCCUAUACCCUUACUACAGAAGAAACCCAUCCAGGGAUAUUGCUCUGGCAAAGAUGAGCUCCCCAAUAUCCUUCAAGAAGACUGUCCAGCCCAUCUGCCUUCCAACCUCCUUGAAAGAUUUUCAGAAUGUGACCUCAUGUUGGCUGGCCGGCUGGGGAAAAACUCUGGACAAACAAUGGUUGAAAAGACAAAGAGGCUUGAAAGAAACAAAAGUAUCCCUUAUAGAUCAAAAGACUUGCGACAUUUAUCAUAAGAGAUUAAGCACUCCCAGUCAGGUGGGCUUGAUGUUUGAUGAUAUGUUCUGUGCUAACUUUUCAAGUGGCAAGAAAGAUAGCUUCCAGGGUGACUCUGGAGGGCCCCUGUCCUGUCAGAUUAAUGGUACCUGGCAUCUAGCUGGAAUUGUGAUCUGGGAACUGAGCUAUGAUUACACUAACCUGCCUGGUGUCUACAUCAAUGUCAGCAUAUACACUCCUUGGAUCCUAAAAACCAUCAACUCAAGCACCGCUGACCGCCAAUCCUCAGGGAUCUUUUGCACCUUCUUAGUACUGCUAGCUUGGAUUUUCUUAGGUCCCUUUACUUCCUCUCUCAUGAAUCUUAGUCAAGGCUUGGCAAAUAUGGCAAAGCAAAGAAAGACUGAACAUUGUGGCAAAGAUUAAGUCCUUACUUUUCCAAUUAAAAUGAUAUUUGAAGAUAUUCCCUAACCCCAUACUACCACCUUCCCCAUCCCCUACCUGAGGAGGUGGUACCUUAGAAACAAGCAAUUAAAUUUAAGAAAAGUUGGGGAUAAGAGUCAGAAAAACUUUGAGUUUUUUGAAGUAAUCAACAAACUUCUUUCCUUGUCUAUUUAUGAUAGAUUGACUGUUAAAAUAAAGAUU